GUGGGGGCGGUAAUUUUAAAUCUAAACAACAUAACAUCUUAACUAAUAUAUUUAUCAGACAAAAAUUUAUGCAUUAUUCCGAAAGUUAAAUUAUUGUGAAAUCUGUAUACUUCUUUCAUUGUAAAUAAUAAUUAACGAACAAAUACAUUUAAACGAUUGCUUUAUCUCAUGUCGAUGUUUGUGCUUGUGUAAGUUAUGUAUUCUUUAUCUUGAUAUUGGCUUUUGCUUCAAAAAUGGAAUUUAAUCAGAGUCCUUUCUCUGAAGUUGUAGAAAGCUCUGUUUUAGUCGAUAUAAAUAAAUUAUCCCCAGUAACUAAUUUAGCUCUUAAUUUAAGUACCUUAUCAACAUCUGUAGCUGGUACACCUAUCCGACGGAUUUCGUGGUCCAAUCCUGUACCAGGUGGCGAUAAAAUUGGUGUAAAUUUUGAUGAUAUUUCUCCGUCUAUGACAGAUUCUCCAACACUUGAACUCCUACCAAAAAGUAAAUUAGCCAAACAUAAAGAUGUCAUCAAUAACCAGAUUGCAUUACUUUCAUAUGCUGAAGAAAAAGAAAAUAUAUGCCCUGGAUCGAAAAGCACUAAUUCUCAAAAAAAUGAAGUGGAAACGGAAACUUUUAUGGAAAGAUGUUCGCAAGAUAGUGGUUAUUCAGGUUCUUCCAUUUCUCAUCAGUGGAGGGAAAAAUCAUUUUUCAGCAGCUUUGAUGUUGAUGGCGAGGAUAGCAUGGAUGUUAUUUUCGACUUUGAUAACUGUGAAAAUUCUCAACAAAAUUUUCCUUUGCCUAAUAAUAUGUCAAGCUUACUGCGAAAACCUUUGGUUAGCCAGGCAUCUCGCCGACUUACACCUGGAAAUAAAAAAUCAAAACUUGCUAUGCGACGCUGCCUAUCAGUGGAAAUGGAUUCAGUUGCUAAUCAAUUGGUUUGUGGUUGUGAGAAUAUGUCUGAGCCUUUUACAGAUAAAGACACAAAUGAUACUGCGUUGAAAGUUGAUGAUACUUGUUUUUAUGCAGAUUUACAUGGAAAGUCUACUUUUAAGAGACCUGAGCCUCCAAAUGACUUAGAUCUUAAUGAAUGCAAACGUAGAAAGAGCUCUCCAAGUAUUGAUUUACCUCUUGGUUUACCUAAUAGAAAUACAAAAAUCAAAAGAUCUUAUUCUGAAACUGCUGCUACAAUUAUGCAUGCAAUCCUUAAAUCUGACUUACAGCCAGAACUUAUUGGAGAUGGUAGUAGAAUAUACGCUCUUCCUCUUGUUAAAGGCCGUCAUCAAGAUUUAAAAAGUAUUUCCCCUGAAACCUUAGCUCGUCUCUUACAAGGAGAUUUCAAGGAAGCAAUUGAUGCUUUCAUUGUUAUUGAUUGCCGGUAUCCAUACGAAUUUGAAGGUGGCCAUAUACAAGGUGCAAAAAAUAUUUACACUAAAGAGGAUAUUCUGGAGACUUUAUUAAAAAAUUCUGGUAAAUGUGCUAAAAAUACAAUUGUAAUCUUCCACUGUGAAUUUUCAUCUGAAAGAGCACCAAAUUUGUGUCGAUUUUUAAGAAAGAAAGAUCGUGAAAUGAAUCAAGGCAAUUAUCCCCGAUUGGAGUAUCCAGAAUUGUACAUCUUGGAAGGAGGAUAUAAAGCCUUUUAUAAAGAUCAUAAAGAGUUUUGCGAACCACAAGAUUAUAAGCCUAUGAAUCACAAAGACCAUGGAUUCGAGAUGCGUCAUUUCAGGGCUAAAUCAAAAUCCUGGGGCUCUGAUUCAAAGAAUCGUGGGCAACUCAGAUCAAAUUCAAUAACUUCAAUUCUUUAGGUAAUCUUCAAUUCUUUAGGUGCAUUUCAAUAUGCACAGAAAAUUUACCUCAAUGUGAUUUGCUUUAUAUCUGCUAAUUUUAUUGAUAUGUGAAAAUUUUCAAGACUAAUUAUAGGUGUAUUAGUUUAAAAUUUAUUUGCAAGUUAUUUAUUUUUUUAAAAAUUUUAUUUGUUUGACACAUUUUAU